AGUACUUAUCGGGUCCUGUGCCAUCUCCAGAAAUCGGAGUUUUUCCGUGUUUUAACGUUUUUAAGGCCCAGAAGUUAUUGCUAAGUUAACAUGUAAAACCAAACCGAUUUGUGCGGUGGAUCGGGGACUAAAGAAACGGAGCUGUUCGAGGCCUUUGAAGUCGUGAAAAGGUGCACAAAGGAGUGGGUACAGAACCGUUUGCCUGUGUGUGAGAGUGAACGGCGGCGUUUCGUGACGUCAAAAGCAGCGACGUCCUUCGCUGGCAGACACACACACACACACGCACGCACGCUCACCCACUGACAGACACAAUACCACACUGAGAGAAACAAAGCCUCCCACCAAGAGAACCCUCCCUCAGAAACAGCAUCAACACACCGAGAGGAGCAACAGCAACAACACAGAGAGGACUCGCAUUCCUUUGUGGCACCGCCAGUGUGCAUGUGUGUGUGUUCCCCGAGGCAGCCGCACAACUACCACUGCAACGGCACUGGCAACAACAAAGGCGACGCCAACAGCAACUGAGGCCCAACCGUACGGCACCAAAAAUGGAGCAGCCGAGCAUCCUCGUCAAAAUCCUGCACUCGAUUCCGCACGUGAAUUACACAUUCCGUCGCGUUAACGACACCUUCAAUCCGGACAGCGAUGUUUACCUCGAGAGUCUGGGCAUCCUGGCGUCCAUUCCCGCCGGUCUGCUGAUCGUCUCGCUGCUGGGCCUGCUGCUCUACCUGUUGACCAGGUGCUGCGAUCGUCGCCUGAGGAAGCCGAGCGCCCAGCGGUGCCAGAGCUGCUCCCUGGUCAUAAUCACGCUGAUGACCUGUGCUGCCAUCGGAUUAGGCUUGUACGGCAACGAUGACUUCCACAAUGGCCUGCUGCAGGCCUUUGGAUCCGGAAAGAACGUCGAGGGUCUGGUGCUUACCCUGAAACGACAGACAGAGAGCAUCAAGCACGACCUGGAGACGCGGAUGGCCGGACACAAAGUGGAGCAGCUGGUGGAGAAGCCGCAGUACAACCAGACGGUGGUCAUGCUGCUCAUCGAGACGUCGCGCCUGGUCACGGAGAACACAUCGCGGGCGGUGGCCUCGCUGGACAGCAUGGUGCACUACUUCAUGAAGGCCAAGGGCACCGAGAACGAUACCUCGCUGAUGGGAUUGCUGCAGCUCGGGGAGUUCUAUGAAUCCAUCCGUUGGCCAGCUACUCUGGCCUUCCUCACGGUGCUUCUGCUGCUCUGUACGGUUCUGGUGAUUGGCGUGGCCAGGCGGUCCCGCUGCACCCUGAUCUUCUUCAGCGUUUCGGGGCUGUUCUGCAUCAUCAUCUGCUGGCUGCUGGCGGGCGUUUACCUGGCCUCCAGUGUGGCUGCCGGGGAUUUCUGCAUGCGACCGCACGACUACAUGUGUCGUCAGGUGGGCAUGCGGAGUCCAUACGUUGACUUCUUGAACUGCGGCACGCCGCGCAAUAGGUUUAUUUUGCGCCUCAACGAGUCCCGGGAUCUGGUGGAUCGGGCUAGGGAAAGUGUGGAGCAAAUGCAGCGGAUGAGCCAGGAAACCUAUCCGCACAUCGACAUCCAGCGCACUCUGAAUGUCAUGGACAAUGAUCUGGAGACCACGCUGCGCAACCUGACGACGUUGUCGGCCACUCUGGACCGGCGUUCCAUCGACAUGCACUACGAGGAGGCACUCCGCGGACUCUGCGGCGGCGGGCUGCUGGGACUCAGUCUGAUGAUGGUGGCGGGCCUGCUCACCUCCUUCCUGCUGACCAUCCUGGUGUACGCCGACUCGCACGCCUGGAUCUAUCUGACCAAGCGGCCAACGCUGGAUGCCGACAAAUCGGAGACGGCGCCGCUGUUCCCCGCCUCGAAUGCGCCAAGCGCCAGCAUCUCGCCCACCGCACCGCCAAACACGGGGACGAUCAACAGGACGCUGCUGCAUCACCAGCAGGCGGCUGCUGGCGGCUUGGGCGGCGGAUCGGGCAACCUAGCGGGAUCUGGAGGCGGCGGAGGGGCCGGAGGAAGCCACGCGGGUGCCAAUGGACACAACGGCGUCGGACACUACCGCAAUGGAACGGCCGGCCUGAGACAAGGGUUGGCAUCACCUUCAUCUCAAUCAAGCCACACCUCAUCCACCGCCACUUACAACAACCACAACAACGGCACCACCGGUUACAACAACAGCCACCAACACCACAACAACCUGUACAGCAACCACCACCACUACAACCACAGCAACAGCCACUACAGCAACAACACACAGCAUAGAACUAACUCCGCGGCGGGGGCGGUGGCAGCGGCGGUGAGCGUGGCCAGCAGCGGUCAGCGAUCGCCGUCGCCGCCGCCCGGCUACGAUUUGGUGCAUGGCACAAGGUCAGGCCACCACACGCUGGGCCGCCUGCCAUCGCACCACCAGCAAUCGGCGACGUAUCUGCCAGGACCGAACAACGGAAAGUACGCCACGCUCAGCAAGCAGUGUAAGACGCUCGAGUCGAAUGACUUCUACUGAGAUUCGCUUGCCUGCAGCUCCCAUGCAGGCAGUAGCAGCAACACACAGCAAGCACAGCAGCAGCAUUUGCAGCUCCAGCAGCAGCAGAGCAGCCUCAUCAAUCAGAACCAGAGUCAGAGUCAGAGCCAGAGCACACUGAAGAACAUCUUUGCAUCGGCCACCUUGCCGCGCUCCACGGGCAGUUCCAUCCGCUCGGUGCUCUCUGUCCAGACCUCCAAUGCGGGCAUUUGUCGCUCCACGGGCAACGGACUGGACGGCGACCUUGCGGACGAUCGCGAUCCCCGAGAUGUUACCAACAACAGCUUCAAUCGCUUUGAUCCCAAGUACAUAAGCAUUGGUCCCAAGGCGGUCAGGGGUCAGAACAAUAAUCUUAACAUCAUGUCCGUCGCCGGCACGUCCAAUAAGUGCGCCACCUUGCGGCAUGUAGGUCGCUACGGUGGCUCGCUUAAGGGCGUAUCCGCCGUCAAUGCCGCACCGUUGCCCGCCGCCGCCCCAGCUGUCCAUUCGCCGAACUUGAGGAGCGCCAAAACACCAUCGAUAUCUACCGUUUCAAAGGAUUACUGCCAGCAGCCGGACUGCAUUCCACAGGAGUUCCUCAUCCAGCAACAGCAGCAGCAACAACAACACUUGCAGCAGCAGCAGCAGCAGCUGCAGCAGCAACAGCAACUCCAGCAGCAGCAGCUGCAACUCCAACAACAGCAGCAGCAACAACAGCAACAGCAGAUGGUACCUCCUGCUCCGCCGCAACCGGCACCUCCGCCUCCGCCCAAACCAAAGAUAGUCAAUACUUUUACGGAAAUUCCAGGCACCACGGGCGUGGGCAGCUCGUAUGCCAAGGAGCAGCAGCAACAGCAGCAACUGUUGGCCCUGCAGCAGCAGCAGCAACAGCAGUUGCUGGCCCUUCAGCAGCAGAGGGAGCGGGAGCUGCAGCAGCAGCAACAGAGGGAGCUGCAUCCACCCACCACCCACAUACUACCGCCGUCGGCUGUCUACAGCAUCGAGAGCAGUGAGGUGUUGCCCACAGCCGCACCACGUGUGCAGCAGCGCUCGCUUAAUCCCGCCUCCAUCGUUAACCAGCCGCUGCCCGAGAUCCCCACCAAUCAGCAACAGUCAAAGAUCUCCGCUCAGCCGCUGUGUGCCGCCAGCUUGGGGCAGUACCGCUCGCUGCAGCGUCCCCAAACCCAGAAGUUGCAACCGGCGGCCAUCUCCUCGCCACAACAGCCGCCGACGUUGCCACCCAAGAACCGCCACAAAAACAGCAAUAGAGGUGGAGCCGUCGACAGCAGCAAUGCCAAUCACAUGCAGACCUUGCCGCCGAAGUCGGCCAGCCUACGACAACAGCAGCAGCAGCAACAACAGCAGCAGCAGGAGCGAGAAAGAGAGCGCGAACGGGAGCGUCCGCGGCGGGCGGAGACCUUGGACAAUGCCCGCAGCUAUAUAGAUCAACAACAACAGUAUCCCAGCCACCUGAUUACCAGCAGCAACAUGAAAAAGCAACACUCCUACGACAGCAGCUACCAUCAGCAGCAACAACAGGCUUUCUACCAGCGGCAGCACAACAACAACUUCUCCUCAAAACAGCAGCAGCAGUUGAUGCUGGAGCAACAGCAGCAGCAACAGCAGGCCCUGUUCUAUAGAUCCUUGAAGCGAGGAGAACGGGGAGCAGCUGGCAGCGCUGGAGCCACCGGAGGAGGAUCUGCCAUUAGCAACCACAGCGAUCUGUACUCGGUGACGGAGUUGUAGGAGUGCGCCUGCUGCGGCGGCGGUGUGGAUGUUGUGCGCCGAGGCGCCUCAUCCACAUCGCUGCACGCGGCGGCGGCCACACAAACUCAGAGCCACACCCAAAACCAGACGCAAUCGCAGAACCAGGCGCCUAUCCCCCUGCCACCCAAAAAGCAUCGCCAGCGGGAGAGGGAGCGGAACCUCGAGCGGGAGCCGCAGGCACCCUGCAAUGCCAACCUGUGCGAGGAGCACGAGUACGAUGAGUACUAUCCGCAGGCCUACGAAAUGCAAGCGGGAGGCGGCCCAACCGGAGGGGGAGCACCUGCUAGCAAUGGAUCCAAGCAUGGCAAGCAAAGUCAGCAAAGGGCGGCCACAUUUGAUGUCGCCGAUGCCAGGGACUACGAACUGAAGCGUUUGGGCAACCGGAGGUCGCAGCAGCAGGCGGCUCCAAGCAAAAGAAAUGGAGGAGGAGGAGCAGGACCUGUCAGCCAGGAUCACCACCGCAGCCACGAUCGCGAGCGGUCGCGCAGCGAUCACCGCAUUGCCAGCUACGCCUGCGAGGAGGUCAACUCCACAGCGCUCUGCAGUGCCGGCUCCAUGAGCUCCAUGCUGCAGCCGGCCAAUGGAACUGCUGGCCACAGGAGCAGCAGCCACCAGCGGGAUCACCAUCAGCGGGAUCAGCAGCAGCAGCAACAACAACAACAGCGGGAACGCCGUGAGAAGACCUUUAAGGUAUGAUUUUUAGAGACGUCAUAAGAAUUGUCCAAUCCGCGCCAGGACAGCAGAAACAGCAGCUCCCGGCGGCGGACGCGUUGAGGGGUAAAUGGAAAGCGAACGUGGCGGAUUCUACAGCGAUUACAGGGAGGUGAACCCCAGGAAUUGAGGAAGCAAAUAGGAAAUAGAAAACGGAGCGGCACCAUCGUGUUGGAGCGUAAUUCGGACACCCCAGCCUGUUUUUAUGUUUAGCUUAAAUCGCGUAUACUCUAUCUCUAUCUUUGCCCCUGUCUAUCAGCGCCCUGUAUCUUUCACACACGUGCGGACACGCACACCGGCCAUGAAACGAUCACACACACACGUAUAUGUAUUGUAAAAACCGACCUCUUCUGAUUGAUUCAAACUGAGAAAGCUGCUUAGAAGGUGCUGAAGUGUCCAGGGCAGCGGUCAAAAUAAUAGUUGUCGUGUAAUAGUCUUGUAAUCCCCAACCUCUGUUUUGUAUACAUUUAACUUAUUAUAUUUUUGGUUGACAAAAAUGCAAUAAUGAUACACUUGGCAUUAUUUAUGUGCCAUUUAUCAUAAGCAAUAUUUAACGUACCGAGUUUCGUUUUUUGUAUAGAUCUUUUAAAUAGAUUUCAACGCCCAAGGUGUUAUUAUUUUGACCGCUGCUGUGCAUAAGGCCAUCGAGCCCACAACAGUUAUCUGCUCUGUGUUGUUGCCUAUUGUUACAUAUAUAGUAGAUAACUACGGUUAACCAUAACGAAUACUUUUUUGUGACCACUAUUCAUACAUGUAUAUUUUAAAUGCCUAAGUUAAGUGGAAUUUAGUUUUAAGUGCAAAACUAUUUAUUUACGACAGUCUGUAAGCCUCGAACCCAAAAAAUAUUACCUACAACGAGGGAAAAGCGAGGAGACAGUUUAUGAACGAUCUCUAGGAGCUCUCGAGCAAAAUAAGUUUUAUUUUCAAUACUCUCGAGGAUCAAAUUGCAUCUCUGUAUCUUGCUUUUCCGUUGUAAUGGAAAUUAUCAUUUUCAGAAGGAGCGUGUGUGUUUUUGUUUAUUUAUUACGAUUUUUUUUUGCAUUAGCGAAUUAAGCAGCUUUUUUUGUGUGAGAAUCCGUUGCGAGAACCAACAACAACAACCACAGCGACACGUACGUAAAAUUUUUGUGACGUCAGAAAUCUAAAGGAAAACAAAGUAAGGAAAACCAGCAGCAACAACAACAAAGCACAAGACAAAAAACACAAGAAACAACCUAAGCGAUAAACAUUUCACAAAACAAAACUACAUAAUAUAAAUUUAAUGUUCAACAUUUUAAACAAGCAAACGACGACAAGAAAAUGAAAAAAAAAAAAUCUUAACUCACGCAAUACGAAAAGGGAAAGAUUAAAUCGAAAAGAAGCCAUACCAAGUUGUUCAACCAUUUUAAAAUGAAUUCAGCAAAGCAAAAUGAUAAACAAUGAAACAUAUAUACAUAAACAUACAUUAAAUACAAACAUACUUAUUAAAGAGCAAGCAUAAGGAAUAUUAACUAAUCGACAACAACCACAAACAAUGUUCAGGUCAAUAACUGCAUUUAAAAGGAGACAAACAUGAAGGAACCCUCGUUGGGCGUUUAAUUAAACGAAAUGCUCUUUUUAUAUACAAGUAAUAUAUACAUGAAUAUAUAUAUAUAAUUAUACAUACUUAACGAAUUGCAAUUACCCAAACACAGAAAGCAGACCAUUACACACAAAGUAAAAGAGCAACUCGCAAAAGUUGUUGGCACAGCGGCAAACACACACAAACACGUUUUAUAAAAAUUAACAUAAUUAUACUACACAAAAUACAAGAGACACAACCAACGUACAUGCGAACAGUUGUGGGCAAAUUAAUUGUAGUGCCAUUAGAAAUUCGAAAAAUUUAAUAAAAUGUAAAUUAUGUAACUUAUAAUUUAUUUAUGUUCUGACAAUGUUUUCAAAGGGCUACAGUUUAGAUCUAUAAAUAUAUAUUAUUUUAUGUUUAUAAGUCAACUAAAAGAGUAAUUCUAGUUCUACUAGUUGAAUCGAAUUUUACAAGCCUCAAGUUCAAAGCAAUUUAAACUCCUUGUCUUCUUUUUUUGUGUCAUGGUGCACUAAGGCCACACUAUUAUUUUGACCACAGCUGGGCACACAAGCAUCAACUUUGAAAACUGCAACUGAGGGAAAAUAAGGCAAGCAACAAAUAAGAACUCACAUUUAUUCUCUCUGCUGUGCAGAUGCAAAUAAAACUAUGAGUAAAACAAUUCAACUAUGUUGAAAAAUUGCAAAACGCACACACAACACACACUCGCCAAUCCUCCGUCUCUUUCGCUCUCUUGUUCUGUGUAUCUCGCGGUCUCGCUCUGAACAUGCCACCCCCACCCACGUUUCCAUUGUAGUUUGCACAGGAAAAUAUAUGUAUUAGCAAAAGUUAACACUCGAGGGGAAAGUAGGUUGAAGAAAACGUUAGAGCACUCUAAGGAAUAAAGGAAAACUGUUGCAGGUCCUGUUCUCCUGUCCUGUAUAUAUACGACCGAUCUAUGUAAUUCUAUGGACUAAGUAGUGUUGUCUGCGUGACUGUUUGUGUGUGCGUGCGAUGUUUGCAAUUAUUUUACAAUUUUUUUAUUCGAAAUUCGAACAGCAAAAUGUUUCAGUGUUUCGUAUGUAGCGUAGUGUAGCGUAGACUCGACUAAGCGAUAAGGCCAAAAUAGAUUUUAAAAUCCGAAAUGCGAAAGCAAGGCGCAAGAAUACCAAAACAGUUAAACGAAGGCAGGCGGGCAGGUAUUUACUUAUAGUAUUUAAAUUCUGAAACAAACGGAAAUUAUUAAAUAAUAUUAAAUCAAACGCAAUUAAACACGAAACGUGUGUAACACCGAAAAAACCAAACAAAAGUGUUUCCACGUCUAGCCAUUGCAGAAGGGAACACUGCCGCACUUUUCGUAUUUUAACUGACGCAGAACACCAUCUAUUGCAAUGAUAUUAGAGAUGUAGAGGAAGAGCCAGCAGCCACAUAUUCCAAUCGUAUAUUGUACACGAGAAAGUAAGACGAAUUUUAGAGAAAUCAGUUUUUACGUAAGGUUAAGGCAAGAUGAUACUUCUGGUUUUCCCCUUAAAAUGCCAUUUCCCAUUUCCCGCCCUCAAAUCCCACAGUGAAUCGCGUAGAGCGUCCCCCAUCCUGUUGACACAUUUCAGUGCAUAUUAUAUAAUGCAUCUAUACAUAUAUAAAUAAACCAACUAAAAUAUAUAUAAAAUACACAAUUAUUGUAAUAACAAUAUAAGUCUGUAAAUUUGUUAACAUUUCUAAAGCAAACAAGAACUCAAGUACCAUCAAGGCAAGAGGAAAAUCUAAAAACGACACCCAGUAGAUGUAGCUAAACCGAAUUGCAAUUAUACAAGAAAAGCCCAAGCACGAGCAAGACGAGCCUCUCGCGCAGGCCUCCUGAAUGCGUAAGCUACGUGGAGUGCAGAUCGGUCGAGUCGGAAUCGAAACCAUUGUUGAAAGCAGCCGCUUUAAAAUCAAAACAAAAAACAUUAUAAGAAAGGAAACCCGAAAAUGGAAAUAAUUAUAUAACAGUUGUGAACAAAUUAUAUUUACAUAGCGUAUAAAUAAAUUGCAUAACAAUUGAUUAAAAUA